AUGGUGGACGUGCUGGGCGGCCGGUGCCUGGUGAGCCGCGACGGCACGGCGGUGGAGGCCGAGGCGGCGUUGCAGAACAAAGUGGUGGCGCUGUAUUUCGCCGCGGGUCGCUGCGCGCCGAGUCGCGACUUCACGCCGCUGCUCUGCGACUUCUAUACGGAGCUGGUGGAGGAGGCUCAGCCGCCCGCCCCCUUCGAAGUGGUCUUCGUGUCGGCAGACAGCAGCCCCGAGGAGAUGCUGACCUUCAUGCGCGAGCUGCAUGGCGCCUGGCUGGCGUUGCCAUUCCACGACCCUCUCAGGCUUGAACUGAAGAAGAAAUACAGUAUCACAGCCAUCCCCAAGCUUGUGAUUGUGAAGCAGAAUGGAGACGUCAUCACUGACAAAGGGCGGAAGCAGAUCCGGGAUCAUGGGCUCUCCUGCUUUCAAAACUGGGUAGUGAUGGCUGACAUCUUCCAGAAUUUCUCUGGUUGA